AUGUUCGCCUACGUUUGCGUCUUGGCUCUUGCCACGCUUGCUUUUGCCGAUGUUGAGAAGGAUGUGAAGAAUGCUGUCAACGAGGUCACAACCACCAAGGAUGGUGAUCUUUUCUGCCCUCUUCCAGUUGUUGGAAACAAAUGCCCUGGAAGCUCUAUCUUCCACUACUACAAGUGCUGUGGAGACUUGAACAAAGACUGCUGCUUCAACCUUCAAACAUGGGUGAUCGUUAUUUUGGCUGUCAUCGCCGUUAUCACCAUCGCUAGCUUCAUCUUGUCUCUCAUUAGAUGCAUUUGCUGUCGUCGUUGA